UUGAGAGGCCUUGGAAGUCACCGCCUAAUUGUCCACCGUGCGGAUGCGCUGAAGGCUGCCAGCCCAGCCUUCCGCUCCAAACACGCGACAGCAGUCUCGCCGUUGCUGGGUCUAUUUCCGCCAGCUCCUGGAGGGUUGUAUCUGCGGACUGACACACUUGUAGCAGCUGUAGCUGGAGGGGCAUCGUCGGUGGUCGUCCCCGUCUCGGUGGCCGCAUCGGCAGUCUGGCGUCGCCAUCGCGGCGGCCGCAGCCGCGCGCCAUGGACCGGCGGCUGGUGGCCGGUGAGCCGCACCACCUGUACGGCGGCGGCGCGGCUGACUACCCCGGCUCCGAGUCGCAGUCGAGCUCGGCCGCCUCCAAGGGGCCCGACUCGAGCAAGGGCUCGCACUCGCCCUCCAAGAGCAUCUGCUCGGCCAGCUCCAGCUCGUCCGAGCGCCUGGCUGCCGAGGCCAAGCCCAAGCCCAAGCCGGCGGCGCGCGAGCAGAGCCAAACGCUGCGCGCCGAGGACCCGCCGCUGGUGCGCGGCGAGACGGUGCAGACGACGGCUCGUGACGUCACCUACCUCUGCCCGUACAGCGGGCCCGUGCGCGGCACGCUCACCGUCACCGACUACAAGAUCUUCUUCCGCGCCGAGAAGGAGAAGUACCUAGAGCUGGACGUGCCGCUGGGCGUUAUCAGCCGCGUGGAGAAGGUGGGCGGCGCCAACACCAGCCGCGACGAGAACUCGUACGGCAUUGAGCUCUUCUGCAAGGACAUGCGCAACCUGCGCUUCGCGCACAAGCAGGAGAACCACUCGCGCCGCAACGUGUUCGAGAAGCUCAAGCAGUACACCUUCCCCACGCCCAACAAGCUGCGCCUGUUCGCCUUCCAGAACGCUGAGACGUACGGCGAGAACGGCUGGAACGUGUACGAGCCCAUCCUGGAGCUGCGCCGGCAGGGCCUGCCCACCGAGUCGUGGCGCAUCACACGACUUAACGACAACUACGACGUGUGCGACAGCUACCCGGCCGUAUGGGCCGUGCCGGCGGCCGCCACCGAUGACGACCUGCGCGCGGUGGCAGCGUUCCGCAGCCGCUGCCGGCUGCCGAUCCUCUCCUGGAUCCACCCCGAGUCGCAGGCGACCAUCACACGCUGCUCGCAGCCGCUGGUCGGCGUGUCGGGCAAGCGUUCGCGCGAGGACGAGGCCUACCUGCAGACCAUCAUCGACGCUAACGCGCAGAGCCACAAGCUGUACAUCAUGGACGCGCGCCCGAGCGUCAACGCCGUCGCCAACAAGGCCAAGGGCGGCGGGUACGAGCUGGACGACUUCUACGAGAACGCCGAGCUCAUCUUCCUCGACAUCCACAACAUCCACGUGAUGCGUGAGUCGCUGCGCAAGCUGAAGGAGAUGCACUUCCCCAACAUCGACGAGCCGCACUACUACAGCAACCUGGAGGCCACCAACUGGCUGGAGCACAUCAAGUGCAUCCUGACAGGCGCGCUCAAGAUCGUCGACAAGGUCGAGUACAACAAGACGUCGGUGGUGGUGCACUGCUCGGACGGCUGGGACCGCACGGCGCAGCUGACGGCCCUAGCUAUGCUGCUCCUCGACCCUUACUACCGGACCAUACGCGGCUUCGAGGUGCUGAUCGAGAAGGAGUGGCUGAGCUUCGGGCACAAGUUCCAGCAGCGCGUAGGUCACGGCGACGACCGCCACUCGGACGCCGACCGCUCGCCCGUCUUCGCCCAGUUCAUCGACUGCGUCUGGCAGGUGAUGCAGCACUUCAGCAACGCCUUCGAGUUCCACGAGGACCUGCUGCUGCAGGUGAUGAAGCACCUCUACUCCAACCUCUUCGGCACGUUCCUCUGCAACAGCGAGCGCGAGCGCGUCAAGGAGGACCUCAAGCGCAACGCCGUCUCGCUGUGGUCAUUCAUCAACUCCAACAUGGAGGAGUACGUGAACCCGCUGUACGCGCCGGAGCUGUACACGGGCGCGCUGUUCCUCAGCCCGUCACUGCGCCAGCUGCGGCCCUGGCUCAACUACUACUGCCAGUGGAACCCGCGCAUGAUGCCACAGGAGCCGGUCCACGUGCGCCAGCGCGAGCUGCUCGUGCUCAAGAAGCAGCUGGCGGCGCGCGUGCAGGAGCUGCAGAAGGAGCUGGAGUCGCGCAGCACGCGCAACCAGCGCGUCACGUCGCCCGUGCCGUCCUAGGUGGCGCUGGCGGCGCGACGGCGCGCCACUGGCGCCGGCGUGAGGGCCGCGGCGUUUGAGGGGAGUGUGUGGCUUGUGAUGCGAGUGAGAGAGAGUGUGCGGCGUGUUAGACGAAUGGAAGGGAGUGUGUGGCACAUGAGACAAAUGGGAGGGAGUGUGUGGCGCGUGAGACGAUUGGGAGGGAGUGUGUCGCGCGUGAGACGGAUGGGAGGGGAGGUGUGUUGUGGGACUGGAUGGGGGCCUGAAGUGUAAGGCAAUGUAGGAAGCUUGUGUAUUCUGUCUUGGGUAAGAUAUCCGUACGGAGCGGCGGUGGUCGUCACGCUCUCACUUACCCUGCUUUUGAGACAAGACACAAAUCACGAAGGUUGUCACGUUUUAUGAUAUGCUUCGUUUGUCAUAGAUGAAAAUGUAUAUGUUCUUGGUCUGUCCCACCCUACUCUCUGGCUGCUUUUUUGAGGUUGGGCUUGUCGAGUCUAUUACAAACAUUUUUCUAAACAACGCGACCAUUCCCGCUCAUUUCCUGGACGUUACGGUUGUGCUUUGUGUGCUUAUAUUAUUAUAAUGCUAAGUUGUUUAUUAUCGAAUCGUUGCUUCUCGUUUGUGCAAGUAUGCUUUCGUGCUCGCGCGUGCUGAGAAAGGUGACCGAUAUCAAUGCAUCCGCAUUACGUAUGGAGUAUCGGGGCAUAACUGCUCAGUUAUGCGUGACGGAAAUGCAAUGACAGUACCAAA